UGGCGACGCAGCCCCUCCCCCCCGCGCGCCUGCGCCACGAGCGGAGAAAGAAGACCCGCGUCCAGAGCAUCCGUUGGAAGAGUUGGCCGGGAGUUCGCGCCCUCGGAGAAGCUUAGUUCCGGGCGGGGGCGGCCUCCUUCUCUUAAACUCCCAGCCCAGAGUUUGGGGAUUGUCUUAAGGAAGUGCCGGAAGGAGGAGAAAGGCACCACAAUAACGGUCGUGGAUGGAGCGGCGGCGGCGGCAGUUCUUUUCUUUGGAGAAUAAAAAAUAAAAGGUGCCGGGGCUAAAACUAGCCUUGAUCCGAAGCGCGGGAUAAGUAAAUGGGCUGCUGGAGUGGACUCCCGAGAGAAAGAGAUGCGCCCUGCCCGCGAUAAGAGACACACCCCGUCCUUUAUUAGAAGUCUUUUUAACGGCGUCGGCUUCCCGCUGAAAACAGGCUUCGGCGCCGAGCCCACGAGGCGUAAGGCUGCAUUUUGAGGCGGAGUUCGUGGUUCAAACGGUGCCGGGGAAAGCCCGACCACGUGCUUAGAGUCACAAGGUGAAAACGGCCUGGGGAACAGGAGGACUACUUCGAGGGGUUGGAGAAGCGGCGGUUGAGAUUGCCAGAGAUGUACAGCCGGAUUGCGGGCGGGUUUACUCGGUAGUAAGGCGCACUACCCUAGGUGGGAAUUUGCUCCUAGGUAGGCUUGCAGCCUUGGCGGACCCUGCGAUGCCCUCCUGCCCUUUCCCGGCGUUGGAAGCGGCUUUAACUUCGGCGACCUCUUUUAGACCAACCGCUGCUGCCGCCGCCUCACUUCCCGCAAGCCUCGCAACCGCUUCGGGGAGUUCUGGGGCUGCGCUGGCUGCCACGGAUCGCGCUGCCUCCGGCCAAAGGGCAAGAGCAACUCGAAGCCAGCCCGCCUGGAGGGUAACCCGAGGGAGCUCGAGGAUGGUGGGCCAUCGGGGGGCGCUGCGGUAGGGCGCACCGCCCGUCGGGCAGAGGAAGGAUGGCGUGCCGCGGGCUCUGCUGCUGCUCUCCGCCCAGCCUGGGGGCCUUCAAGGAGGAUAACGCCCGCUUCCUCCUCCUGGCCGUCCUGAUCAUCUUGUACCUGCUGUGCGGGGCUGCCAUCUUCUCCGCCCUCGAGCACCCCACGGAGCGAGAAACCCAGGAGAAGUGGCUGGCGAGGUUUGAAAACUUCUCCCAGAGGUUCAACCUCACGCCGGCAGAGCUGCAGGAACUCCUGUGCGAGUACGAGAGCGCAUACCUGGUCGGCGUCCGGAUGAAUACCUUGCGGCGCCCUCGAUGGGAUUUCUCAGGGGCUUUUUACUUCGUGGCCACAGUGGUCUCCACGAUAGGGUUUGGCAUGAGCACACCAGCCACCAUCACAGGCAAACUUUUUCUGAUAUUUUAUGGCCUUAUAGGCUGCGCAGGGACCAUUUUGUUCUUCAACUUGUUCCUGGAGCGCUUGAUCACAAUCAUAGCCUACGUCAUGAAGUCCUGCCACGAGAGGCAACUAAGGAGAAGAGGGGGGCUCACCCAAGACAGCCAACAAGUUGCUGGGAAUGCUGAAGUGGAUAGCUUAGCUGGAUGGAAGCCAUCCGUGUAUUAUGUCAUGCUGAUCUUGUGCCUUGCAUCACUCAUCAUUUCCUGUUGUGCCUCUGCUAUGUACACACCAAUGGAAGGGUGGACUUACAUUGAGUCUCUUUAUUUUUGUUUUGUGGCCUUUAGCACAAUUGGUUUUGGUGACUUGGUGAGUAGCCAGAAUGCCCAGUACGACAGCCAAGGCCUUUACCGACUUGGCAAUUUUAUCUUCAUGCUCAUGGGGGUGUGUUGUAUGUAUUCGCUGUUUAACGUGAUCUCUAUUGUGAUCAAACAAUCUAUCAACUGGAUAAUAAAGAAACUGGAAAGCACAUGCCAUAGAUGCCAAAGAAAACUCUUCAGGUCACGGAGGAAUGUUGUGGUGCCAGGAGUUGCCCGGAGCCAACGCAACAUAUCAAUUGAGUCAGAUGGGGUCCUAGAGAGUGACACAGAUGGACGCAGAAUGUCUGGCGAGAUGAUCUCGAUGAAAGAUCUCUUAGCCUCUAACAAAGUGUCACUAGCCAUCAUGCAAAAACAGUUGUCUGACACUGCAAAUGGCUGUCCGAGGACAAUGAGCACCGCUGCUAGACAUAAUGGAUUUGCUGGUGGUGUAGGCGCUUUGGGGAUUAUGAAUAACAGGCUGGCAGAGACAAGUACAGAUAGGUAAACAUCAAUACUGGAAGUGCAUCAGCAAGUGCAGGAUAAUUAAGGAUCAAAAGUCAUCACAAAGACAGAACUAACCAGUCAGGGCACUUUCCAGAAGAGGUGUCCUUAGUAUUGUUGCUGGCAAUUAAUAUCUGUUGGAUUUUGCACUACACCACCUGUCCACCCUUGCCCUGCAUUCCCUGCCAAAGAAGAUCCCCAUGGUGUCAUGUAGCAUAGCUGAAAUUAACAAGCUUCUCCAACACAUAUUUAAGUUUAAGUCUGAGCUGAGAAAAAACAUGAGAUGCUUACUUUGCUACACUCAGUCCUAUAAGCUGCUGUGCUAACAUAUCAGCUCAUCACAUUCAGCAUCGAGGGUACUAGUGCUGGCAUGAUGAAGAACUUGUCUCCUUGUGCCAGCAACUAGGACCUUACAUACCUGCUGCCAUUGACUACUUAUACAGUACAUUACCUUUCAUCUUAUUGGCUGCUUAUCCAGCUUCCUCCUUUGAGCUGCCUGUCAGCCCAAGAGCCCUCAGAUAAGGGGCAAGCUGGAUGCCCCAUUUGCCAAGUGCGGGUUGUCACAUAACAUGAUGAAGCAGUGCAAACCAUUCUUUGGUUUGUGUCAGAAGCACACUGAUAGGUUCAGGCUGCCACAUUCUCUGUGGAAUUAAUUUUGCAUUCAGUUUCUUUGUUUUGUUUAAAUGCCCUGUGUUUCUAAUCAAAAGCUAAAAUGAAUCCAUUGCAACAUCUUGUGGGUAACCCCAUGCUCAAAAGAGCAAGCAAUUAAAGUUAAAAUAGUAGCUCCAAUCCAGAGAUGCUGGAAGUGCAGGGCAAUAAUAGUACCAUGUGUGAGAAGGUGCAGGAGGCAACCACACCGAUCAGAGGUGGACAGUUAAUCACAACUAUGUUCAGAACUGAAUAGCCCAGGGGUUGCUAACCUAUGGCCUUCCAGAUGCUGUUGGACUUCUGUUCCCAUCAGCCCCAGCUGCCAUGGCUAGUGGUAAAGAAUGAUGGGAGUGGGAGUCCAUUAGCAUAUAGAAAGCACCAGGUUAGCUACCCUGAAAAAAAUCAUUUGCAUUGGAGUUCAGAAGUGAAUCCUGACAUUCUCUACUGGGUCUACACUACUCACCACUUGAGUAGUGUGCUUUUGCAAGGCAAAAGCCUUGUGCAUUUGGAGAUGGGAGAGUGGAUCUCUUCUCCCUGAGCUAUCAAGAUCAUUUGUCUUUCUGUGUGCAUCAGAAUCCUGCACUGUGUUGUAUGUGUGGAAGGCAUAAUCAUUAGAUCUGCAUGCAAUGAGAUCAUGUGUGGGAUUGCAUGCAUAAAAUCACUGUUCUGCACAUCUUAGGAUCAGGUGUGUCUGAUGUCAGAACUUUGCCUCAUAAGGGAAGAUCCGGCCAAAGAUCAUGUUCUGCCAUCAGACACACCACUAUAAAUUUAAACCAAAACUUACAGAGUCACCAGACAUUCCAGAUUUCAAAAUGCAUUUCCCACAAAUGCUCUAUUACAAAAAUUUGAUCUAUUGUUAGUAUUGCUACCAUCAGUAGAUCUCUGAGAAGGCUACUAUCCAAAAAUCUACAAAAGGGGAUGGCAAAAUAGAAAAGCACGAACAUUAUCAAGUGCAAACACAUGCUAAAAUAAAUUCAUAAACUUGCUAUUUACAGUCAACCCAAAUUAUAGUAUGCCACUAGGAAGGAACUGGAGAAACUAACACUGGAAUUUUAGUAUCUAGGCAGUUGCUUUAUAACUUUUAGACUAAGAGAAUUGUGAAACAGAAAGGUUUCAAGUUGGAAAGAGCCAGUGAAGGUCCUUUGGGAUACCUAGUAAGGCUUGUUUUACCGAAACAUUUUUAUUAAUAACCACAGGAAGAAAGUGGGAAUGUGUUGUUGGAACUUGAAUAUGACUCCAACUUAGAAGGCACUGUAAUUCUCGGAAGGAUUGAGAAAUUAUACAGGACUAAUUGGAUGACUGAAGUGAUAUAAAUGGAAUGAAAUUCAGCAUUGCAAAAUGUAAGGUUAUGUAUUUGGAAGCAAACAAUAAAAGAUGUUUGUUAUCUGCAGAGUUAGUAACUGAAAGCAACCCACAGAGAAAAUGAUCUCAGGGUAUUGGUUGAUCACAAGACAAUGAUAAUGUGAUGCAGCUGCAAGAGGGGCCAAUAUAAUAAGAGAUAUUUCUAGUAAGUGUAGAGCAAUUUCAGUAACUUUGUAUUAGGCCCUGAUGAGGGCUGCAUGUUGUAUACUAUGUUCUAUUUUGGUCAGCAGUAUCUGAGAAGAAUGCAUUCAGGCUACACACAAUGGAAAGAAGAACAACUGGAAUUGUAACUGGAACAGAAAUCUUAUGAAUAAAGAGU